GCCACUGAGUGUACAUACUCUGGCAUACUUGCAAGAACUUAGAUCAUGAUUACAAGAAAUGUACAUUCUGUUUAUCUUUAUAGGAUAAAGGAAAGCCGGUAGAUGAGAACAACUUCAAACCUGUUGUCAAUGCAGAAAUGAUCAAGGCAACUGUAUCAUCUGACUCAUCAUGCAGUGACAUGGGUGAACCUUCAUUCAAUAAAGAAAGAAGAGAGCACUCCAUGACAGAGAUGAAAGAAACACACAUGGGACCUGCAGGAGAGCUUAGAACAGAAACAAAGAAACCAAAUCAAACAGAAAAAGAAAUGAUUACAGGCUCAAAAAUACUCUUUGACAGACUUCAUCUUAAAGGCAGGAAUGAUCAUAAACUGAGAGCUGCAGAUGUUCUUCAGAUAAGUAAACAUUCAUUACAGUCCAAUGAGUCUUGUGCUGAAGAGGAGCUGAUUCAAACUUUCAUACAAAAACUACUGAUGAUGGACUACAGAGCAAGAUACAUUACUGUUAGAGAUCCCAAUGAACAAGAUCAGAUACAAGAAAGACACGAUGACUCAUCUAAAUGUGAGUGUGACAUUUUCGAAGAAAUGUUUUCGUCUAAUGAAGGAACAAGUCAAUCUGAGCAAAUUCACUCGAUGGAUGUUCAGAUGGCCGUGUUUCAUUGUGCUGAUGGUUUCCUGAAGCAGCUGAUGGUGACUAAACUGUCCCAGUGUCAGUACGCUCUGCCUCUGCUUGUUCCUGAUCCAGACACACAACAGAUUGAGUUUCCUCUCUGGACAUUCAGACAAAUCAACAAGAGCUGGAAGAUGAGAAACACUAACAAAGAAAUCAUCAGUCAAACCCAGCCGAUCUACAAGGCAGAAACUCCUAUGGUUUUUUUCUUCAGGUUUGGCUCUGUGUCUUCAUCCAAGUCUCAGUUGAUGAACAGUCUGAUCAAUGAGAAACACAACACAUUCUUCCACAGGAACUGCCCAGGCAGCAGCAGAACCAGAGUCCUGAUGGAUGGAUUGGUGGAGAUCACCUGGUACUGCCCAUCUGGAACAAAUGAUGAUAAAUUCACUGACUGUGUUGCGUUCUGUAAUCUACACGGUGAUGCAGGAGACCAUGAGAAACAGCUGCAGAUCCUCACUGAAAUGGCCUCAGUCAAUGUUGUUCUUCUACCACAACUUCAGAAGAAUGACAGAAGUAUGAUAAAAGUUCAAGAAUUCUACAAGGACUCAAAGCCACUCAUUUGUCUUCUUACUGAGAAUGCUUCAACUCUCAUUAAGACACGUAAAGGAAAAUACAAGAUCGGUCUGAAAGACAGAAAUCAGUCAGAUGUAUCUGAAGAACUCAGAAGAGCUAUAAAUGAUUGUCUCUCAGAAUUAUCUUCCACUUUCAGACUUGAAGAUGUGUCCAAACACUCGGACAUCAGAGUAGAUGCGGAAGAUGAUGAUGACUGCAGGAGAGCAAGAGAAGCAGCACAGCAGAUGAUACGUUUACUGGAGAAGAAAAAUCUUACGGAAACCAAAGAAUCAUUUCUGCCUCAUCAGGGGAAACUGUGGCAUCAGUGGAGUCAGAAGAACAAAGAACUGCAUCGCCCUCAAGGAGAUGAUCUAGAAAUGGACAUCAGUAGAAAACACACAGAAAUCGAGAAACUCCGUCAACAGCAGCAGGAAUCAGACAUCAGUGAGUUUAUGAAGGUCUUUAUUAAAGUAAUGAACUCAGAUGCUGCAAAUAAGAUGUUUUUCACCAAAUGGCUCAGAAUCGUCCUGGAUGAAUAUACAUCAGGGGAUCUUUCUGCUCUACAUCACAAGUAUAAUGAAAAGUGGUCAACAGUAUUACAACUGAAGGAGAAACAUGAUAAAUCUGAACAACUCAAAGCUGAACAAAUCAAGCUUGAGAAAAUAUCUGAGGAACUUCAAAAUGCAACCUUUGGUGUGGAGCACAUCAUGAGGGAGAUCGGUCAGAUCUAUGAAUCAUGUUCAUCUGUAAAGAAGAACAAGAAAGACCUGAAAGACUUCUCUUCUCUCGCGAGUCUCGCAGCAGAGAUGAUGAUCUCUGGAUUUCCACUGGAGCUGAUGGAUGGAGAUGCUGCUCAUGUUCCUGUGAUCUGGAUCUCUGCUGUUCUAGAUCAACUCGUCCAGAAACUGGGGGACCAGAGAGUCUUUGUGCUGUCCGUUUUAGGGAUUCAGAGCUCUGGAAAAUCCACCAUGCUGAAUGCCAUGUUUGGACUUGAGUUUGCUGUCAGUGCUGGCCGGUGCACCAGAGGAGCUUUCAUGCAGCUGGUCAGAGUGUCAGACGAGAUGAAAACACGGAUGAACAGUGGGUCAGACGAUAUGAAAAUAGAGCUGAAGUUUGACUAUAUUCUGGUUGUGGAUACUGAGGGUCUUCGUGCUCUAGAACUGGCUGGAAGAUCAACAAGACACCAUGACAAUGAAUUGGCCACAUUUGUUGUUGGUCUUGGAAAUCUGACCUUGAUCAAUAUCUUUGGAGAAAACCCAUCUGAGAUGCAGGACAUUCUUCAGAUUGUUGUUCAGGCCUUCCUGAGGAUGAAGAAGGUAAAACUGAAUCCCAGCUGUGUGUUUGUGCAUCAGAAUGUGUCAGACAUCACAGCUGGAGAGAAAAACAUGGAGGGAAGGAGACGACUGCAGGAGACAUUGGAUGAGAUGACAAAACUUGCUGCUAAAGAGGAAGUCUGUGAUGUUGAACGUUUCAGUGACGUUAUUACAUUUGAUGUUCAGAAAGAUGUGAAGUAUUUUGCUCAGCUCUGGGAGGGCAGUCCGCCCAUGGCGCCACCAAACCCAAGCUACUGUGAGAACAUUCAAGACCUGAAGAUGACUAUAAUAACUCAUGCAUCAAAAUCACAUGGAACGAGACUGAAAGACUUCAAAGUUCGUAUUAAUGAUCUCUGGGAGGCUUUACUGAAUGAGCAAUUCGUCUUCAGCUUCAGAAAUUCUCUGGAGAUUUCAGCCUACAGGAAACUGGAGACACAAUACAGCAAGUGGUCCUGGAGGCUUCGCCGUGCCAUGCUGGAAACUGAGAACAAACUGCACAACCAAAUAGAAAAUGAAGCAAUUCACGAGGUUAAAGAAACUGAUCUUCACAAAGAGCUGAAGAAGACAAGUGAAGAAGUGAAAAAAUCAGUGUCAGAAUUCUUUGAGAAAGACGCAGAUGCAAAUAUACUGAUUCAAUGGAAAACAUCAUUUGACAUUAAAAUCAAAGAGCUACAGGAAAGCAUUGUAAGAGAAACAAAAAGGAAAUUAAAUGAGAUUCUUAAGCAGCGAGACCUGAAGAAAGAGAUUGAUGCUCAGAGGACACAUCAUGAAAACACUCUCUUUGAAAAGAGCAAAGAACUCGCCUUAAAACGCAAAGACAAAGCAAAUGAUGAAGAAACACUAAAGAAAGAGUUUGAUUUGUUUUGGAACGAGUGGAUGAAGUUAAUCAGCAGAGACACCCCAACAAUCAGAGACAUUGACAUAAUGAGAGAUAUGAGAGAGAUCCUCGGUGACAUCUAUGAAAGUAUUAAUGCAGACCACCGGAAGGACAGCAGGGAUAUUUUAUCUGUGCAGAGUUAUUCAGAUUAUGUACAGUUAAAGAAAUCAACCAAAAUUUUAACAAAAUUUCAACAAAUGCUGGGUUAUGGUCUCUCUGAGGAUGAAGCCCAAAUAAGAUCAUUAGUCAAUGAUGUUGUUCAGCAGACAGACAAAAUGAUUCAGUCUUUCAACAUUUCAGAGAUGGGCUACAACAUCAGCUACAUUCAACAACUCAUAGAUUACAUCAAAGCAAGAGUAAUAGAACAUGAGGAAGGACCAGUUAAAUAUGUGUUCAAGAAUGAAUUCUUCAUGGACUUGGUUCUUUCCAUCUGUAAGAGAGCAAAUAAGAUGAUCACUGAGCAACACAGAAUGUUCAAAGAGGCCAAUGAUCCUGAAAUAUAUGUUAAGAAGAAGAAGGAAGAGUAUUAUAUUAUUUUCCAGAAAUACUGUCAUGGAGCAACAUCAGCUGCCAUUUUUGGUGAGAUCAUCUGUCAGAAACUCAAAGAACCCACUGAACAGAGUGUAUACAAGAAGACUGCCAGAGAGUUAGCAAAUGAUAUGAGAACAGACUGUCCAUCACUGAAUGGAAACAGGUCAAAUCUUGAGAAACACAUCCUGAAGAAACUGGCAGAAAAGGAGGAUUUUAACAAAUACAAGAACUACAUUCAUAAUACCAGAGAUCACUUCAGUGGUUUCAUAAGAGAUGAAGUCAGUCACUUCAUCACUGAUAAGUUCAAUGUCCGUGUUUUACCCAAGAUGAACAAGAACAUUAAACUCCUGGAGCAGAAAAUCAUGGAAGCAGCAUAUGAAUCUACUGAACAUGUUCGAGUGAACAGAGGAGAUGAAUCUACUGAACAUGUUCGAGUGAACAGAGGAGAUGCUGGUUUGUGGUUGAAGAGAUUCACACAGCAGCUCUCAGAUGAGCUGAUCUUCUCUGAAAAGGACCUCAGUGGAGUCAGUCAUGAUGAUGUUGAGGAUUUCAAACUCCUAGAAGAUGUGAUAAAGAAAGAACUUUCUUCUAUAAUGUUAGACAUCAGCAGUAUAUUCAACAAAAUAAAUUUUCCAGCAAAACUGGAGCCCAAGUUCAGGCCAGAUCAGCUUCUGAUUGAUGACUUAUGUCAGUGCUGUUGGGAUCAGUGUCCAUUCUGUGGAGCCAUCUGCACCAACACCAUAGAAAACCAUGAUGAAGAUCACAGUGCUGUUUUCCAUGGAGUGAGAGGAGUAAAUGGGACCGUGUUCAAGGAUACAACAAACUUGUCUGUUUGGAUCUGCACAACAUCAGUGGCAAGCAGUGAUCGAUGUUUUUAUCUCAGUGCCGAUGAUAAAACAUUCCUAUAUAGUGAAUACAGAAAAGCAAAAGGAGUUUAUGCGAAGUGGAGCAUCACCCCUGAUCUCUCUGAACUGCCCUACUGGAAGUGGUUUGUGUGCAGAUUCCAGAAAGAUCUUGAAAAACACUACAAAAAGACAUUUGAUGGUUCUGGUAAGAUCCCACCUGAAUGGAGAAAACACUCAAAACAGAAUGCUAUCGAGAGUUUGAAUCAUAAAUACAACUAAUUUAACAAGUAAAGUAAUUUUGUUUAGGUCUAUAGACCUCUCAUAUGUGAUAUAGAGAACAGAGAUUGAAAUGAUUUUGUUCCUGACUUGACUUCUGAAAUCAUUUAAACUUCAGCAUUAGAGCAGUGCUUUAGUUUCCUUUGCCUUGCCCAUUUCAAACGCAAAAGCAUUGAAAUAUAACUAUCAUACUCAUGUUGAACAUGCCAUGUCCUGACUAUGUAAGAGGCUUUUUUUUUCCUUUGUAGGAUGUCAGAACUCAGUUGCAAAAUUAAUCUUCAUAUGAAUGCACAAGCUAUAUCACAGUGCAAUGUAUCUCCAUGCAAUUUUUUACAGACGUUACCAUGCUAAACAAGUAUUGUCCCAUUAGUGUUUUACUCAAUAAUUGUAAUCUGAUUACAGGAAUAUGAUAAUGCAUUUGUUACCGAGAUAACAUAAAUUAUGUGUUACUCCCAACCCUGCAUG